AGGGAGGGGGGGGUGGGGGGCGAUGGACUCCGGAGCCCGCCCGGGCGGCGGCGGCGGCCCCGGCGCGGGGCAGAACCGCGAGUACAAACUGGUGAUGCUCGGGGCGGGCGGCGUCGGCAAGAGCGCCAUGACCAUGCAGUUCAUCAGCCACCGCUUCCCCGAGGACCACGACCCCACCAUCGAGGACGCCUAUAAGAUCCGGAUCCGCAUCGACGACGAGCCCGCCAACCUGGACAUCCUGGACACGGCGGGGCAGGUACGGGGG